CUGUAGGACCAGGUACGCUGAGUUGGAACUUGGACACCACCAGGUACACUGAGUUGGACACCAUGCCGGCGGUUGCCUCCGUUUUGAGUCUGCGCACACACAGUUCAGCUACUUUUCUGAGAGCAAAAUCGUUCUCCAAUUCAGGCAGCAAGGAUUGUAUGCAGGCUGGUGCAGCUAUCGUGCGAAGGUGUGCUCGCUCUUUUCUCCGGACACCCCCAAAGCAGACGAGGACUGUCUUAAGUACCUCUCGCCCCUUCCGCAGCAGUGAGACACUUUCUGGACAGGGAUUGAGACCUUCGCAAGCGAGCAUCGUGCCCACUUCGCUGUUCGCUGCUCUGCCCAGCAUGGCCCCCAAUGUCGAGCGUACGCAGAUGACAGUAGCCACCCAAGCGGCUGCUGAGCCCGUAGAGAAGAAAGAGGCUCCAAAGCCGAUCUUUUUGAAAGACUAUAGGGCACCGGAUUAUCUUUUUGACAAGGUCAAUCUGACUUUUGAGCUGGGUGAAGACUACACGACUGUCACUUCGAGCAUCCUGGUGCGGCCCAGCCACUCAGGUGGCAGCCCUCCUCUGAUCCUGGAUGGGGCUGAGCCCAAGGACCUGGAGCUGGUGAAUGUCAAGGUGAACGGGAAGGCGCUGCAGACGGGCGACUUCGAGCGCAGCCAGAAGAAGUUGACCAUCGUCUCCCCGCCCGCGGAGGCGUACACCCUGGAGAUUGAAACCAAGAUCCAGCCCCAGAACAACACCGCACUAGAGGGCCUGUAUAAGACGAGUGGCAACUUCUGCACCCAGUGCGAGGCGGAGGGCUUCCGGCGCAUCACCUUCUACCAGGACCGCCCCGACGUCAUGGCCCGCUACACGGUGCGCAUCGAGGGUGACGCGGCGCGCUACCCGGUGCUGCUGUCCAACGGCAACCUGGCGGAGCAGGGCGAUCUGGAAGGGGGCCGCCACUACGCGGUGUGGGAGGACCCCUUUGUGAAGCCGUGCUACCUGUUCGCCCUGGUGGCGGGCCAGCUGACGCACACGGAGGACAAGUUCGUGACCAUGUCCGGCAAGGAGGUCACUCUCCGAAUAUACGUCCAGGAGCACAACAAGGACAAGACUGCCUAUGCCAUGCGCUCGCUGCAAGCCGCCAUGAAGUGGGAUGAGGAUACUUUCGGCCGGGAGUACGAUCUGGAUCUGUUCAACAUCGUGGCUGUCGACGAUUUCAACAUGGGUGCGAUGGAGAACAAGUCGCUGAACAUCUUCAACUCGCGGCUGGUGCUGGCCACCCCCGAGACGGCCACCGACGGCGACUACACGUCCAUCGAGGGCGUCGUCGGCCACGAGUACUUCCACAACUGGACCGGCAACCGCGUCACCUGCCGCGACUGGUUCCAGCUCUCCCUCAAGGAGGGCCUGACUGUCUACCGUGAUCAAGAAUUCACGUCCGACAUGACGAGCCGCGCGGUGACGCGCAUUGGGGACGUGCAGCGGCUGCGCAUGGCGCAGUUCCCGGAGGACGCAGGGCCCAUGGCGCACCCCGUGCGGCCACAGUCGUACAUCAAGAUGGACAACUUCUACACGCUGACCGUCUACGAGAAGGGCGCGGAGGUGGUGCGCAUGUACGAGACGCUGCUGGGCAAGGCCGGCUUCCGCAAGGGGAUGGACCUCUACUUCGAGCGCCACGACGGGCAGGCCGUCACCUGCGACGACUUUCUGGCCGCCAUGCGCGACGCCAACGGCGCGGACCUGGGCACCUUCCCGCUCUGGUACCAGCAGGCCGGCACGCCGCGGCUGAGCAUCACCACGCACUACGACGAGGCGGCCAAGACGUUCACGCUCACCACCAAGCAGGAGGUCCCACCCAGUGCGGGCCAGCCCGUGAAGCAGCCCAUGCUGCUGCCGGUCACGGUCGGCCUGCUCGGGCCGGACGGCGCCGACCUGCCCCUCUCCUCCGUCAACGGGCGGCCGCUGGCGGGGCCGGACGGAGCAGCGCCCACGUCCACGGUGCUGCGCGUGGACCAGGCAGAGCAGACGUUCACGUUCGACAACAUCCCGGCGCGGCCAGUGCCGUCCCUGCUGCGCAACUUCAGCGCGCCGGUGCGGCUGACCUCUGACGUGACGGACGAGCAGCUCAUCUUCCUGCUGGCGCACGACUCGGACCCGUUCAACAGGUGGGAGGCGGCCCAGACGCUGGCGCGCAAGCUGAUGCUGGACCUGGUGGGCAAGGCCCAAAAGGGGGACACCCUGCAGCUGGCCCCCGCCUUUGUGGCCGCGCUGAAGGACGUCCUCACGGACGCGGCUCUUGAUAAGGCCUUCAUUGCGCGCGCCAUCAGUUUGCCGUCCCAGAGCGAGCUGGCGGACAUGAUGGCGGUGGCGGACCCUGACGCCAUCCACGCGGUGCACAAGUUCGUGACGCGCACCAUUGCGGCCGAGCUGCGCGCCGAGCUGCAGCACGCCGUGGACAGCAACCGCACCCGCGACGCCUACAGCCCCGACACCGCCAGCAAGGCGCGGCGCGCGCUCAAGAACACGGCGCUGGGCUACCUGGCCAGCCUGAACGAGGCGGACAUCACAGACAUGGCGCUCGCGGACUUCAGGAGUUCCACCAACAUGACGGACCAGCUGGCGGCCCUGGCGGCCCUGGCUGUCAACCCCGGGGAGGCGCGCGACACGGCGCUGGCGGAGUUCUACGAGCAGUGGAAGGGCGACGGCCUGGUCAUGAACAAGUGGCUCGGCAUCCAAGCUGCGUCGUCCCUGCCAGGCAACGUGGCGCACGUGCGUUCGCUGCUGGAGCACCCCGCGUUCGACAUGAAGAACCCCAACAAAGUGUACGCCCUCGUUGGUGGCUUUGCCAGUGCCGCCGUCAACUUCCACGCGCGGGACGGCAGCGGGUACGAGUUCCUGGCGGAGCAGGUGCUCAAGCUGGACAAGAUCAACGCACAGGUGGCGUCCCGCAUGGUCAGCGCGUUCACCCGGUGGCGCCGCUACGACGACGACAGGCAGAGCAAGGCCAAGGCUCAGCUAGAACGGAUUGUACGGACAGAGGGGCUGUCCGAGAAUGUGUACGAGAUUGUUUCCAAGAGUUUAGAGCCUGCGUCCUAGGAGCAAGUCUGGAGCCUCAUCAUGUGACUCACUGCAUUUUUACGCUGUUGACAUUCAUAAUGAAAGGCCGUCAACCCAUCUUAGAGGCCUGAGUUGAGCUCUAUUUUGAUGCGGAGAAUUCUUUUCAGGCAAUGAACAGAUUACGCUUUCCACGACGCGUUUCUUCUUCUUGGAUACUACAGAACCCCUAGUGCAGGCUCGCGCUUUGAGACAGUCUAAUGACACUGGUUCGUCCUUAGAGGGAGUGUGAUUCACAUGCGUCAAGUUGCAACGUGGAUACAGCGGCG